AUGUCUAAAAGUGCAUCUCUUGCUAGUCUCAUUGCAGAUCUCGACUCCACUGCUCCCAAGGACUAUGAUCCUGAGGAUAUUCUUGAGCCCAUGAACGACAACAAUGACCGCAGUGAUCAAGGAAGUGACAACGAAGAAUCUGCAGCUCGCGAUCAUUACUUGUCAGUAGGCAAGAGUAAACUUCGUAGUGAACAACCUUUGUUGGAAGAUCCUCGCUACGCUGGUAAACAUACUAGCCGUAAAGACAUCUACUCGGAUGACGAUGAGGAGGAAGACGAAGAAGAGUUCAAGGAAUUUUCUGCUAGCGACACUGACGAAGAGAAUGAUGAUGACAGCAACGACGACGAUGAAGAUUUACUCGCCAAUGCCAAUUCAGACGAAGAGGAAGACGAUGACUCUGAAGCAGAGUCUGAUGAGGAAGAUCAAGAGGAAGCAGCAUCAGAUGCUGAGUCUGCUCAAAAUGAUGGCGAGGAAGAUGAAAUCAACACUGAGCUUCGUAGAAUCCAAGAAGAAGAAAAACAAAUGAUCUCUCAGCUAUCCAAGAGCGCACAAUCAGAUGUUGAAAAGGGUCAACAUGUCAGACAACAGUUGACACUUUGGGAUAAUUGCCUAGAGAACCGUAUUCGUAUGCAAAAAGUGAUUGAUGAGACCAACAAAUUACCUCAAAACGACACUUAUUACGACUUUUUGGCCAAAGCAGAAGGCGUUGAGAAGGAUUUGGAAAACGCAAAGAAUGAUUUGCGUGAAGUGAUUGAUGAUUUGAUGGACAUUCGUGUUGAUUUAUUUACGCAAAAUGGCUCAAUUGACCUUGAAGAUGCCAACUACAACACUAGAAAGAGACAUCUCGACGAUGACGACCAAUACAUUGAUGCUCUUUGGCAUGAUAUUUCGCAAAUCAACGAUGUAUUCGUACCUUUCCGUAACAGCACAUUAGAGAAAUGGAGCAACAAGGUGCAGGUUGCAGCAGGCGCACGAUUAAAUAAGAAAUUCAAGGCCUUUGAUCAAAACAUUCUGGCUCAAAUUGAAAGCACAAUGUCUGAUAAAUCUGGCUUGAUCAAAAGAACACAGCUGCAAAGAGCAGAUUACAAGAUUCUUGGUAAAGUGAAUGUGGAGGUGGAUAAAGAGCAGCAAGAGAUGGACACAGGCAAGAAACCUGAUCGCCAUCUGAAUACCUAUGAUGUUGAGAUCUUUGACGAUCAAGAUUUCUAUCAACAACAGUUGCGUGAAUUGAUUGAAUCUCGUAUGGUGGAUACAGAUGACCCAAUGGCUAUCGGUAUGAGAUGGGCUGCUCGUAAACAAACUGAACAGAAGAAGAAAAAGAAGGUGGUUGAUAGAAAAGCAAGUAAAGGUCGUCAACUUCGAUUCAAUGUCCAUGAAAAACUCCAAAACUUCAUGGCACCUAUACCUGUUGGUGAUUGGCAUGAAUCUAUGGUCGAAGAAUUGUAUACUUCAUUGCUGGGCCAAAGAUUGGGAGGAGAGAGUUUAGCUGAAUAA